ACGGCACCGGCGCACCUCAACGCGGCGGGGCCACACUAACAAAAAAAUAAUAAAAAUCCACCACCACUCCUAGUCCUAGCUUCCGCUGCACACAGUUCUACUCCGAGGCACAAGCGCGGAGCAGAGCAAACCCUCGGCUAGCUAACUCGCCAGCCAGUGACAAAGAGUGCUCGCGCCGCCGCAGCCGAGCUGAGAAGCUAGGGAGCUGGGGGAUCGGCUCGGCUCGUCUCGGUGUGGUGCUGCCCAUGGCCGGCGCCGCCGGCGACGGUGCGGAAGGGGUCGGAGGCGAGUGGCCCUUCGCUGGCGCCGACGCCUUCGCGGAGUACCCGUCGUCCGUCUUCGCGGAGCUUGGCUGGCCGGGCGGCCUGGCCGCGGGCGCUGGGGAGCUGCCGGUGCUGGAUCUGCCCGAGGCGGCGGCGGCGGCGCCGCCCGCGGAGGCGACGCGGCUGGAGGAGGCCGUAGCGCCAGCCAGGUCAGGGGACGCCGCCGCUUCGUCGAGCUCAAGCGGGGAUGGGGACGGGGAUGGCGCCGCGCCGGGAAGCUACGACCGGAAGCCAGCCGCCGAGACAGCGAGUACGAAGCCGGCGGCGGCGAAGAAGGGGCAGAAGCGGGCGCGGCAGCCGCGGUUCGCGUUCAUGACCAAGAGCGAGAUCGAUCACCUCGAGGACGGCUACAGAUGGAGGAAGUACGGCCAGAAAGCUGUCAAGAACAGUCCUUUCCCAAGGAGCUACUACAGAUGCACCAACAGCAAAUGCACGGUGAAGAAGCGCGUGGAGCGGUCCUCGGCCGACCCCUCCGUGGUGAUCACCACCUACGAGGGCCAGCACUGCCACCACAUCGGCUCGUUCCCGCGCGGCGGCGGAGUAGGCGCCGCCGCCGCCGCGGCGCACAUCCAUCGCAGCGUGGCCGCCGUCGCGCUUGCGGAGCAGAUGUCGUCGUUCAUUCCCCCGCAGCAGCUCUACGGGUUGCCGCCGUUGCGCCCACAGGGCUCGCCGUCCUCGGAGACCGUCGUUAGCCCGGCGUCCACAUCUUUGCAGCAGCUGAAUGGCAGCGGCGACGAGCUGCAGCGGACAAGCUUCAGCCCGAGGGCGUCCCCGGCGCGGUCGCCGACGACGACGACGCCGUCACCGGCCAUCUCAGUAGUUGAGAAGGCCGGCGGGUUAUUGGACGAUAUGGUGCCUCAUGGAGUAAGGCAUGGAUGACAAAAUGGUAAAGAAACUGAGCUAAAACUUAUCUAUCUGACGACGAAUUGAAGUCCUCUCGGCACUAGCUACCAGCGGCAGCAGGAAGGCAGAUAAACCAGCUGCUAGUAUGGCUUCUGGAUCGUAUCCCGCGGCAUUAUCCAUCAAUAUAUAGUUAGUUUUCUCUCUAAGCUAAAUGACCAGGUAAUGCAUGUGGAUUGUAUGUAUGUAACUCUCAGCUUCAGAUCAGUUAUUGACAGAAUAUGCAUGGUAUUUUUCAUAGCUAAUUUAUCCAGCAGUGUCCAGGUUUGUACUCUUCAUGGCAAUUUUUUCUGCCAGAUAACUUACAUCAGAUUAGUAAAUUAUGGCCCCUCCGUUCUGAA